GCGUGGAUGGCGCUCGUGAACUGCUCGGUGGCGGUCCUGCCCGCCGACCUGGCCGUGUGGCUGCAGAAGGACACCCCGGUGAACGCCGCGCUGGGCGGCGUGCGCCGGGCCCUGCGCCCCGCCAAGGCCGGCAAGCGGGUCGCGAGGAAGUCCGCCCUCAAGCCCGCGACGGGAGGCCAGCCGCUGGCGAAGAACCCCCUCGCAGGCCGCUCGAUCGAGCGCGUGGCCAGGAUGCUGCUGCGGCUCGGCCUGCCUCUCCUGAGGAUCAACGAGUUCGCGCUGCUGGAGCGGAUGGUGGCCCUCGGCGCCUUCGACCGCGGCCUGCGGGCGGAGGUCUUCGAGACGGCCUGCGCGCUGCUCAAGGUCGCCCACGAGUUCAACAGGGACGCCGUGCCGCAGGCGGAGUGGAGGAGCGAUGCCGCGCGCCGCUGGGCUGCCCUGUGA